UUUAACCUAACAGGUAGACGGAAGCUGCGCCAAAUGGCUGGCGCAGCGGCGCAUGCGCACUGGGGGCCGUCGCAGCCGGCUUCGCCGCGCAAGGACUGAGUGGCGGAGGGAGCGGCCCGGAGAAGGAGGAUCCCCCCCCCCUUCCUCCGCAGCACGAGGCCGCCUCAACGGCCGGCCGGGCUGGCAGGUACCGAGAGCGGGAGGCGGAAACCAUGACGACUUCAGGGAAAGAGAACCUCCGACUGAAGAGCUAUAAAAACAAGUCUUUGAAUCCCGAUGAAAUGCGUCGCCGGCGGGAAGAAGAGGGCCUUCAGCUACGGAAACAGAAACGAGAAGAACAGUUGUUUAAACGCCGAAAUGUUGCUACUGCUGAUGAAGAAGCGGAGGAGGAAGUUAUGUCCGAUGGCGGGUUCCACGAAGCCCAAAUGAACAACAUGGAAAUGACUUCGAGUGCAGUGAUCACCUCUGAUAUGACUGAGAUGAUUUUUUCCAAUAGCCCCGAACAGCAACUCUCGGCUACCCAGAAAUUCCGGAAGCUUCUCUCAAAAGAACCGAAUCCUCCAAUAGACGAAGUCAUCAGCACGCCGGGAGUGGUGGCUCGGUUUGUGGAGUUCCUGAAACGAAAGGAAAACUGCACUUUACAGUUUGAAGCUGCCUGGGUCCUGACAAACAUCGCCUCUGGAAAUUCCCUCCAGACCCGAAUUGUGAUCCAAGCCGGAGCCGUCCCGAUCUUCAUAGAGCUGCUGAGCUCUGAAUUCGAAGAUGUGCAGGAGCAGGCCGUUUGGGCUCUUGGCAAUAUCGCAGGUGACAGCACAAUGUGCAGAGACUACGUUCUGGACUGCAACAUCUUGCCCCCUCUAUUGCAAUUGCUUUCAAAACAGAAUCGUCUUACCAUGACUCGGAAUGCUGUGUGGGCGCUCUCUAAUCUUUGCAGAGGGAAGAAUCCUCCUCCAGAUUUUGCCAAGGUGUCUCCCUGUCUGAGCGUGCUCUCGUGGCUGCUGUUUGUCAACGACACGGAUGUUCUGGCCGACGCAUGCUGGGCGCUCUCGUACUUAUCUGACGGCCCCAAUGAUAAAAUCCAGGCUGUGAUCGAUGCGGGAGUGUGCAGGAGACUUGUGGAGCUGCUGAUGCAUAAUGACUACAAGGUCGUGUCCCCGGCCUUGCGUGCCGUCGGGAACAUCGUGACAGGAGAUGACAUCCAGACCCAGGUGAUCCUGAAUUGUUCAGCCCUGCAGAGUUUAUUACAUUUGCUAAGCAGUCCUAAAGAGUCAAUUAAAAAAGAAGCGUGUUGGACAAUAUCAAAUAUCACAGCUGGAAACAGAGCCCAGAUCCAGACUGUCAUAGAUGCCAACAUUUUCCCAGCCCUAAUAAAUAUUUUACAAACUGCUGAGUUCCGGACAAGGAAAGAGGCGGCGUGGGCUAUCACCAACGCAACCUCCGGCGGCUCUGCCGAGCAGAUCAAAUACCUGGUAGAGCUUGGCUGCAUCAAACCCCUCUGCGACCUCCUUACCGUGAUGGACUCGAAGAUAGUGCAAGUGGCCCUCAAUGGGCUGGAGAACAUCCUGAGACUUGGCGAACAAGAAGCCAGGCGUGGCGGCACCGGCAUUAACCCGUACUGUGCGCUCAUUGAGGAGGCCUAUGGCUUGGAUAAGAUCGAGUUCCUGCAGAGCCACGAGAAUCAAGAAAUCUACCAGAAAGCCUUCGACCUCAUUGAGCACUACUUUGGGACGGAGGAGGAAGACAGCAGUAUUGCCCCACAGGUGGAUCUCGGCCAGCAGCAGUACAUCUUCCAGCAGUGUGAGGCUCCCAUGGAAGGCUUCCAGCUCUGAGCUUGCCUCCCCUAGCUCUGUGUUGCCAUGCCCGGCCAAUCUGGUUUUAGAGCCCCAAGUCACCCAUUGAGUGGCCCCGUUUUCCAUACACCCGUCUGCGCUCUCUUGCUUGCUUUCUGCGCACACGCUUCCUUAAACACAUCUGGAAAACGUAUUAUUGGCUCUUUGUCAUGGGAUACCACGUGGGUCGGGGCUUACAGCGGUUGCCCUGUUUUCCAUCUCUCCGGAGCCGGGGUGCUUCUGUGAGCGACAGGUUGUCCAUCUUUCCCAGCAGAGUGCACACUAAAGCGAUGUAGUUCCGGUUUCCAAAACAAGGGUUGGAGUUUGCUCGCGGUGUUUGCGCCGCGGUGUGUGUGCAGUGUUUUUUGAAGUCGUAGGACGGAACCCUCGGAGAGAUUGCUUUUUCAAGCACUCCCUUCUUCGAGGUGCCCACUUCAUUUAGAUGGGUUUACGAGAAAUCUGUUGGUGCUGCCCCGAGAUGUUUUGGAUGGUGGCUUUUCUCUGUGUGCGUGCGUGUGCAGCAGCCUGGGAUUCUGGUAAUAUAUAAAUAUACCUACGAUAACUUCAUGGAUAUUGCUCCCCAUUCCCCGUAUUUGUGGCCGCCAGCGGAUCGGCCGCUCCAGUUAGUAGGCAUGCCGAACAAUUGAAAACUGUUCUCUCGAAACUGACUCUUGCGGGCUGCUGGUUUGGCUGCCCAGGAUUUGUGCAGUCUCUUCGGGAACUGAAAAUUGGUCUCCGCUUCCUCCGGUGGCAAUUCAGCCCUUUUCCCUUCUUAGAAGGUGCACCCAGUCAAGUCGGGGUGGAGGAACCGUUCUGUCCGUUUCCCGUAACGUAAAGCAACACCCUCUAUGUUCAGCUUGACUCGCGUUUCAAAAGUCCUCCUCGAGAAGGCCGUCGCAGUCGAGAAAUCCUCCGCUCGAGCACUGCAUCCAGCUUGAUCGAACAGGGUUCUGUACAUCACCUUUAGUUGCGAACUCUUAAUAUACUAAACAAUAGAUGCAAGAGGACGAAGGUGUCUCCCAUGGAUUACAUCUGCUUCUGUGGACUUGGAGUUCUUCAGUCGAGUCAGAAAGGACACCGGAGCAUUACCGCUUUCGUGGUAUGCCGCCCAAGCCCCUUUGAUGGAAUUGAAUCUGACUAAGCAAGGUCUGCCAUUCACAGCUACACUACAGACAUUUCCCCGGGAAUGGGCCCCUCUAACCUUUUUUUUUUUUUUUUUUGAUGGAAUGCCAGCUCUUCAGUAACUUUUCCCCACAACCGACUCUGGCAUGACAUUUCUUCUGCAUAUCUAGAGAGGGCAUCAGAUUUGCAGCCCUCCGUGUUCUUGGAAUGAAGAAGCUGGAUACAAAUUCUGGUCGUUUUGAUCUUUUCUCACGUCGAGGCCAGCCAGCCUCGAUAGCAUAGUCUUAAUUUAACAAGGGCAUGGGCCGCUAUCAGCAAAGUGGUUCAUUCUUCUGUGAACACAAGGAUCCAGCCAAGGGGUUUUCACUUUCUCCUGUAUCUCCUUUCGUCCAGAGCAAAGACUUCUCCGAUGCAAAUAUUGUAUGCCCGUAGUCAGUUCUGUCAUGAUACUUGCUUGAGGGAUGCUCCGUGUGACAAUUAAUCGAACGCUGAUUGGGAGAGCAACACUCACAGGAAGCUCCGCUUUGUCGAACAGUUAGAAUGUCCGGUUUGGAUCAGCCUUCCGUGCGUCUGACUCCUCCUUCUUCCCACCAGCUGGCAUCCGCUACAGCAUCGUAUCAGGGUGGUUGCCUCUCCAGCCUUCUUCUGCCCGCUGGUUCGUUGCUGAUGCCUCCAGCCUCCAAGUGAACGUCUUCAGUUCACCUGAAGAAACACCUUUGGGGCGUAAGCUGUAGUUGGCCUCUUAAGUUGGACUUCAAUUGUUUGUGAAUUUAGGGUAUUGAAAUUAUUGCAGAGAUGAAACGGGAGGGGUUUUUCACAAAAUGCCUCCCCAGUAGUUUGGGGGAGGGCCAUGUGUUUUUCACCCCAUGUGUGGGCAAGAAGCUGUGCUUUCAUUCCAAAUUUUGGCUUUCGUGAUGCAGCACAACGUGUAGCUAAUGUGAUCCCUGAUUGGCUGGGAUUGGCGCCCGGUGGGUGUGGGACGGAGAAGCCCUGUUUAAAGGAAGAGAAGUAUCAGAAUUUUUUUUUGGGGGGGGGCAGUGAUAAACAGGGAAUAAACACUGCACGAAAGGGGUAAGUGGGUGGGAGGGGUGGUUUCACAAAACCUGUAGCUCCAGAUUAUUUUGUGGUUGACAGUUUGGAGCAGUACUAUUUAAAGCUUAGUUGGGUAACUUAAGACAAAAAAAAUCUCAAUGUUGCCUUUACAUCCCGUAGUAAAUAACCAUCCUCCUUUCUUGAAAGCUCUGGUAGAAGCACUGAGAAGUAGCGAUCUUGUUUCAGCUUCCAGAAUUUUUUUUUUCAUUAUUAUUUUUUUUGUGGCUGGAUUUUUUAAAGUGUAAAUUACCGAUUGAAGACAUGUCAUUUCUAUAUAAGAUUUGUUUUAAAUCAUGUACUUUAUUGGAUAGUAUUGGGGAGGGGACAGCUACAUAUUUUGUAAGCCAACUUCAGUGAAGUGUGUGUAUGUGUGUGAUAUAGAAAUGUCUCACAUGACACAACCACUGAUGGUGUGUGUAUAUGUGUGUGCAUACAUAGAGUAUAUAUGCACAUACACACUCCCGUGUGUGCGCUAAUGUGUAUGUAUAUAUGUAUAUUUACACACAUCCUAUAUCUUUCUCACACUGAAAGUUUUUUCUCCCAGGCUUGUGAGAACGUGGUGCAUUUGUGUUCCUGCUAGGAAAUAAUGACAAUUCUCUCUCAAAGGGGUGAAUUAAACCAUAAACUCAUUCAAA